CGAAAACCGGAAACCUUCCCGCCAACACAGAACCACCUCAUCCAGCUCCUUCCUCGUCCCUUUCUUUCAUCAUCAUUAUCAUCAUCACUCCUCCAUCUCGCUCGGUGCUCUCGAGUCUUACUUCCUGUCUGGGCCCCGCUUCUGAAAAGAACCCAGGCCUUGCAGAAACCUAAUUUCAGACCCUCCACACUACCCUCGUCACCAUGACCCUCACCAGCAUGUUAUCGACCCAGAAUGCUAGUAGUUGUCGCGCUAUUAAUAGCUGCUUUAGCUGCCUGGUCUUUGCACCUCGCAACCUCGGUAUUAUCAAGGCAAGGGGUGUCUCCUGCUGGGGUUCAAUGUUGCAAGUUCGUAUUCUCGGUCGAGAGAAGCCUCCUGAUAAAGUGAGGCCCUUAGGCAGAAGAUGGUCGAAGCACAAAAACUCACUCUUUCAACAUCCGUAAAAGUUAC